UUUAUUUCAAGAGCACAACGGAACGGAACGAAACGAAACGAGAUUCAUCUCUCACAAUACUUGCGCGCCAAGAAACCUACUGCUCUCCCGCUCUCUGUUCCUGAUUCUUGAAAUUUUCUCCGAUUCCGAUCAACGAUUCUGCCGAAUUUUCAAGAAUGGGCAGAGGAAAAUUGAGCCUGAAGCUGAUUUCGUCUCACAAAUCUCGCACUGCAACAUUCCGCAAGAGAACCAAGAGUUUGAUGAAGAAAGCCUUCGAGCUAUCCACGCUCUGCGAUGUCCGGACCUGCGUUUUGAUCCAUGGCCCUGCUCCUCCACAAGAUGGUGAUCGCUCGGUAGUGGAAUCCCACACUUGGCCUCCCAAUCGCGAAGAAAUCGAAGGUAUUAUCCGGGCCUAUAAGACUAAUUAUUUGCGGAAACCAUCGAUGAAGUCUUUUGGUUUGUAUGAUUUUUUCUCGGGUCGUAUGAAGAAAAUCGAAAAAGAGAGGGCUAAAUUUAGUGAAGAAAUCAAGUAUGCGGGGUGGGACGAGCGGCUUAAUUGUUUAUCCGAACAGCAGCUGCGGUUGUUUAUGGAUAAUUUGGGUUCGAAGAUUGAAGCUGCAGAGGGAAUGAUUGGUUUUAUGGAAGGAGUCUCGGCAAUUGAUUCCGCUGGUGUGUCAACCGAGCUUUUUGAGGAGAAAACCCCGACUUCUGAAGAUUCUGUCAUUGUUGACCCUCAACGGUUGCCUCGUUAUGAGUUUCAAGCCGAGGAAGCCGACUACGAUCACUUAAUAGGCGAUGGAGCAUUGGCAACUGAUUUAAUUGGCGGAUUAACCGAGAAUCAAACUCCGAAUUCUGAAAAUUCAACCUUUGAGGGAGCAUCCGCAAUUGAUUUUGCUGGCAGAUCAACCGAAAAUCAAACUCCGAAUUCUGAAAAUUCAACAAUUGAUUCUCAAUGGUUCCCUUUCCAUGAUGGGUUACAAACCGAGGAAGCUCUUUUGAUGAUUCCUGAUCAUGAUUUCAACUUACUGUUCGACCCAAAUAGAGUURAGUACACUUGUGAAGAUCUCCUCUCGAACAACGACAUGCGUCUCCAAUCAGUUUUGCCACUAUCAUAUUUGCCAUGUGGCUCAGAUUAUUCUCAAAUGAUGAACAAUGCUUCCAAUCAAGUACAAGAUUAUCCGGUUGAUUAUAGUGAUUUUGAGUAUCGGAUGAUGACUAGUAACUUUUAGUUUUCCUUUUGAUUUCCACUGCUUACUAAUUGAUUUUUUGUAGUUAGUAAUUUUUUGCUAACAAAUUUAGGACAUGAGACUAU